UGAUAGAGAAAAAGAGAACAUUUAGAAAUGAGCCAACAGAAAAAGGUCCACAUCUAAUUUUAUAUUUGGAAUUUGGCAGCACUAAAAAAAUAUUCGAAAAACAGUUUAUUUUUUACUAUAAGUUAGCACCAUCGACAAUCUCUAAAGGUUGCAUAACAACUUUCAAAAACCUCACAAAGCUCGUCUUCAAGCACCACAGAAGCCAUGGCUGUAGACCACCUAUCCUGUGACCAUGCAGACGACGACUACAUCGACAUGGAUGUCGGUUCAUACUCUGCCUUCCUCAACCAUUCCAUGAGCUCUCCUCCACACGCCAGAGAGUUUGAGUUUCAAAUGUCAUCCACUUCUUUGGAGAGAGAUCCCCCCACAACUUCUCCAGCUGAUGAGCUCUUUUACAAAGGGAAACUCCUUCCCCUCCACCUCCCCCCGCGCUUACAAAUGGUCGAGAAACUACUACAGAACUCCUAUUCUAGUUUUGAUCACCAAAAAGAUAUGUUCGAAGAAUUCUAUAGCACUCCAUUGGCCACCACUGCCCCAACUCCAACUACAACCAGCACCCCAUUUGAGUCCUGCAAUAUUUCGCCUUCGGAGUCUUGCCAGGUUAGUAGGGAGCUGAAUCCCGAGGAGUAUAUUUUGGAGUACUCAACUGAAGCAAGCGGCUUCAUAAAUGAAAACCCGAAAAAGUCUUGGACCAAAAAGUUCAGGCAGUCAUUGCUUGGUUCAAAGCUGAAGUCUUCCCGGGCUUACCUCAAGUCUCUGUUUGGCAAAUACAGUUGUUCCAAUGAGUCCAGUGCAGCUGCUGCCAGGAAUGUAGAUGGAGGAAUGGCUUUCAAAUCUGAGGAUUUAAGUAAAUAUAUGAAGACAUCCAAGAGCCCAUUUGGACACACUCAGAGGGAGAAAUACCAAAUGUCUGCUUCUGGUGCGAGGAGCUUCAGCAAAGACAAGAUCAUUGAGGAUGGUGCUGCUCUCCACAGGAGAUCAUUCUCACUGGCCGUCAAACGGAAUCCAACAAAGAUCUUGACAUCCUCUUCAUCAUCUUCGGGCUCUUCAUCUUCUUCUUCAUCAUCUUCAAAUCAUUCAAGUGGGACUCAGGAGCUGCAGUUUCUGAAGAGAUGCAACAGUGCAAGUUCAGAAAUUGAGAGUUCAAUUCAGGGGGCAAUUGCACAUUGCAAGCAGUCGCAGCAACGUUUCCGUUCAAGAAAGACAGUAAGUGAAGUUGGGUUCUACUCCUUGUCAGCUUCCAGGAUAGCAGCUUGCGAGAAUCAAGAAAGACCGGAGCUUUGCAGGGGCUGAAGGGGAUCUCAGUGAGUGAGAGGGAGGGAUGGCAAAGUACAAACUUUUGACUUGUGUUAGUGAUGUGCUCUUUCUUUCCUUCUUUCACAAAUUUGAUAAAUGGAUAUGCUUUGAUUCAGUGCAAGGCUGUCAGAAACUCUGUCAUGGCAAGAUAAAUUGAGCACAAACAAAUAAGGAUUAACCAACACAAAUUUCGAACCCUCAAAUCAGCAAGCAUUCAACAAUUUUGAUUUACUGAUGUCUUUUAAAUCACCUGAUACUUUCUAGUAAACAUUUUCUUAGACAGGACGUCAUGUUUUUCCCUAUUCCUGACAACUGUUUCACUUCCAGCAAAUUCCGUAGCUCUAGACUUCAACUAGCUAAGUUUUGAAUCUACAAUAGCUAUCUUUUAAGAUGUCAUAAACCAGUGAAUUGGGAAAGAAAAGUUCGGGAUAGUAUCCGCGUCAACAGUCUUCAUCAACCCUGAUUUUAUUCAAGGAGUCACCCAAUGGACUAUGAAUCGAUGAACAUAAAUAAAUAAAUAAAUCUUCUCAUCAUCAUAUAUGGAUAGCUAAUUUUAUUCAACACCCAUCAAUUCAAUGAGCCGACACCAUUCCCCGAUGAAUAUUUAAGUGCA